AUGUCCGUGACACCAAGUCGAACUCAAGUUUUACAAAUCUAUCGCUCACUCUUAAAAGCUAGCAAAAAUUUUUCAAAUUAUAAUUUCAGAGAUUAUGCAUACCGUAAGACUCGGGAUUCAUUUCACCAACAUAAAAAUGAGACUAGGCCGGAUAAAAUUACAGAAUUGGUCAAGAAAGCUGAACAUGAAUUAAAUGUGGUAAAGAGGCAAGGUUACUUGAAUAGUCUUUACGCCGUAGACAGAUUAAUUGUUGAAGAUUUGGAAGGAAAAGAAGCUACAAGGGUGAGAGGUGAAAAUUGA